AUGAUAUCGAAUAAAAACAUUUAUCUAGUUCAUCUGGCAGAGAAGAUUAUUGGGUAUCUACAAAAACGUCAAAUAGCUAAAGAAAAAGCCAAUGAAAGACCCGAAAUGUCAUCUAAUCAAGAUUUAGAGGAUAAAACCCAAGAACCGAUUGAUUUGGAGCAAUCUGAACAAAAACAACUUCAGGAGGGAGACAAACUAGAAGAAUAUGAAUUAGAUGAAUAA